AAGCCUAGAUACAAACAGAAAUGGAAACGUAAUAAUCAGUUUGAUUAACACAAAGCAAAUCCUUUUUUUCAUUUUCAAUAAUUUCUUCAACGAGGGGAAAUCUUUCCCAUUCGAUUUCUCGUUUGCUAUGCUUAGAGAGGGAAAGAGAAGUUUUGAAGAAGGAAGGGCCUCUCUUUCUCUGUUAUCCUCGAUUUUGUGAAAUCAAUGGAUGCAAAACCAAAGAGAAGAACUGUUGUAGAAAAUGGGGAUGGGGGAGAGGUUUUAGUCCUUGCAACUUUAAUUGGCAAUGGAGAUGAUGUGGGUCCCAUUGUCAGGCAUGCGUUUGAAAUGGGAAGGCCUGAAGCACUCCUUCACCAGCUCAAGAUUGUUGUCAGGAAGAAGGAAGCUGAAAUUGAAGACCUCUGCAAGAGCCAUUAUGAGGAAUUCAUUCUUGCAGUUGAUGAGCUUCGUGGUGUCUUGGUUGAUGCUGAAGAGCUUAAAAGUGAGCUUGCAAGUGACAACUUUAGGUUGCAGGAGGUAGGGAGUGGACUUUUGAUCAAACUUGAGGAACUUCUUGAAUCUUAUUCAAUCAAGAAAAAUGUGACUAAAGCUAUUAAAAUGUCAAAGAUUUGUCUUCAAGCUUUGGAACUUUGUGCUAAGUGUAACAAUCACAUGUCUGAGGGCCAGUUUUACCCUGCAUUGAAAACAGUGGAUCUGAUUGAGAAGAGUUACUUGCUGAAUAUCCCUGUGAAGACACUUAGAAUGACAAUAGAAAAGACAAUUCCUGUGAUAAAAUCACAUAUUGAGAAAAAAGUGACUAGUCAAUUUAAUGAAUGGCUAGUUCAUGUGAGAAGUUCUGCAAAGAAUAUUGGGAAAACAGCAAUAGGUCAUGCUGCAUCAGCUCGUCAGAGGGAUGAGGAGAUGCUUGAACAUCAGAGGAAAUCUGAGGAACAGAAUGUUUCGGGCUUAGGAGAUUUUGUAUACACUUUAGAUGUUGAGGAACUGGAUGAAGAUUCUGUUUUGAAGUUCGAUCUUACUCCUUUUUUUCGGGCAUAUCACAUCCACUCUAGCCUUGGAAUCCAUGAGCAGUUUCGUGAAUAUUACUAUAGGAAUCGGCUACUGCAGCUGAAUUCAGAUCUGCAAAUCUCUUCUUCUCAACCAUUUCUUGAAUCGUAUCAAUCAUUUUUCGCGCAAAUUGCAGGUUACUUUAUAUUGGAGGACCGGCUGUUGAGGACUGGUGGUGGUGUUCUGUUAGCAGAUCAGGUUGAGACCAUGUGGGAUACUGCUGUAACUAAAAUAACUUCUGUUUUGGAGGAACAGUUUUCUCGUAUGGAUUCUGCUACUCAUCUUCUUCUGGUGAAGGAUUAUGUAACUCUUCUUGGUGCAACUCUUAGACAAUAUGGGUAUGAAGUAGGCCAAAUUCUUGAUGCACUGGACAACAGCCGGGACAAGUACCAUGAACUUCUUCUGGGAGAGUGUCGGGAGCAAAUUGUUAACAUUCUUGGCAAUGACACCUAUGAGCAGAUGGUAAUGAAAAAGGAUACUGAUUAUGAGAAUAAUGUCUUGUCCUUCCAUCUCCAGACCUCAGAUAUAAUGCCAGCUUUUCCAUAUAUUGCUCCAUUCUCCUCUAUGGUACCAGAUACUUGUCGUAUUGUUAGAUCAUUCAUCAAAGGAUCUGUUGAUUACUUGUCUUAUGGGGUGCAUACUAAUUUUUAUGAUGUUGUGAAAAAGUAUUUGGAUAAGCUUUUGAUUGAUGUGUUAAAUGAAGUUAUACUGAGUACUAUUCAUAGUGGUGCAGUUGGUGUCUCCCAAGCCAUGCAGAUUGCUGCAAAUAUAUCUGUUCUUGAAAGAGCUUGUGAUUUUUAUCUUCAACAUGCAGCCCAACUAUGUGGUAUCCCAGCCCGAUCAGUUGAAAGACCUCAUGCCAGUUUGACUGCCAAGGUGGUUCUGAGAACUUCUAAGGAUGCGGCAUAUCUGGCUCUGCUGAAUUUGGUGAACACUAAAUUGGAUGAGUUUAUGGCACUUACUGAAAAUAUCAAUUGGACUUCAGAGGAGCCAUUGCAAAAUGGGAAUGAGUAUAUAAAUGAGGUGGUAAUAUACCUUGACACUAUUCUUUCAACAGCACAGCAAAUUCUACCUGUGGAUGCUCUAUACAAGGUUGGAAGUGGAGCUUUUGAGCAUAUUUCCAAUUCCAUUGUUGCUGCAUUUCUCAGUGAUAGCGUUAAGAGGUUCAAUGCUAAUGCAGUUCUGGCCCUUAAUGAUGACCUAAAGAUAUUAGAGAAUUUCGCUGAUGAGAGAUUUCGCAACACUGGCCUGAGUGAGAUAUAUAAAGAUGGUAGUUUUAGAGGUUUCUUGAUAGAAGCAAGACAAUUGAUUAAUCUUUUGUCUAGCAGCCAACCAGAGAACUUCAUGAAUCCGGUGAUAAGACAGAAAAACUACAAUGCUCUGGAUUAUAAGAAAGUAGCCAGCGUCUGUGAGAAAUUCAAGGAUUCUCCUGAUGGAAUCUUUGGUAGCCUUUCAAGCAGAAAUACAAAGCAAAGUGCACGAAAGAAAUCAAUGGAUGUACUGAAGAAAAGAUUGAAGGACUUCAACUGAGGAAGUUCAUAAUAUGUCAGCCAGCAUUAGUAGAUCUGUGUUAUUCCAAUCCACCCCUUCCCUAUCACCCCAUUUUGAGUUACACAUUUCCAUUUUCCUUUGUUGACAAUUAGAAGGUAAUGGACUUCUCAAUUUUCUGUUGAUUAAAUUCUUAUAAUGAAGCUUUAAUAUUUCCCUUCAACUCUGA